AUGCAUUCCUUCGUCAGAUUCUGCUCAGCACUCGCGCUGGUCGUGACAGCUUCGGUCCUACUGGCAGGUGCCGAAAAAAUGACGACCUGCGAUUCUCACCAUUUGAACAUCCAUCACCUACAUUGUGAGACUGGAGUGAUCCAAGUAGAGCACGCUCUGUACGGUCGCACGAGCUCUGCGGUGUGCGCUGCAGGCCGACCUCCAUGGCAGCUGGCAAACACUCACUGCGCUCGCCCAGGCACACUUAAAGACAUGCGUACAAGAUGCAACGACAAAAAGACGUGUGACGUCAACACACGUUUUUUCCGCAAACCCGAUCCCUGUUAUGGCACCUUUAAGUAUUUGCAGACCAUCUACACCUGCCAACCUGCAUUUACUGUGGUUGCAUGCGAGGAUUCUUUGGCGCAUUUGUCUUGCGAUAAAGGGCUAGUUAUCAGGGUCUACAGCGCCAACUACGGACGUCGCGACAGGAAGACGUGUGUCUUCGAAAGGCCUUGGGUACAAGUACGAAAAACUAAAUGCGUACACCCGACUGAAUAUGUCCCUGGCAGGUGCAAUGGGAAAAACAAGUGUACUAUUCUUGCAAGCAAUAGUGUAUUUGGCGACCCCUGUCGAGGCACUUACAAGUACUUGGAGAUUUCUUACACAUGUGAACCACUGGUCGUGACAGCUUCGGUCCUACUGGCAGGUGCCGAACAAAUGACGACCUGCGAUUCUCACCGUUUGAACAUCCAUCACCUACAUUGUGAGGAUGGAGUGAUCCAAGUAGAGCAGGCUAUGUACGGUCGCUCGAGCUUAGCGGUGUGCGCUGCAGGCCGACCUCCACGGAAGCUGGCAAACACUCAGUGCGCUCGCCCAGGCACACUUGAAGACAUUCGUACAAGAUGCAACGGCAAAAAGACGUGUGACGUCAACACACGUUUUUUCCGCAAACCCGAUCCUUGUCGUGGCACCUUUAAGUAUUUGCAGACCAACUACACUUGCUAUCCUGCAUUUACCGUGGUUGCAUGCCAGGAUUCUUUGGCGCAUUUGUUUUGCGAUAAAGGGCUAGUUAUCAGGGUCUACGGCGCAGACUACGGACGUCGCGACAGGAACACGUGUGUCCUCGGAAGGCCUUGGAAACAAGUACGAAAUACUGAAUGCCUACACCCGACUGAAAUUGUCCCUGAAAGGUGCAAUGGGAAGAACAAGUGUACUAUUCUUGCAAGCAACAGUGUAUUUGGCGACCCCUGUCGAGGCACCUACAAGUACUUGGAGGUUUCUUACACAUGUGAAUGUAAGACGAUUAUCCUGUAA